AUGAAGCCUCCAUCUGGGCAAGGCAUAAGGCUGGCAUACCUUCUCCUGAAUUUGGCUUCCCUCUGCCUUCCCGCUCCACUCUGGAAGGAUCGGGACUCUCUAAUGCAGGAGGAGAAAGCCCGUCAGACAGGUGGCAAUUUGGUGCUGAGUAGACAGGAACAGCAACUCAGUACAAAGCUUGUAAACCUCAAGAAGAAGGAGGUUGCAGCAGCCAUAACUACGGGACAGUUUCCUCCAAGCAUGCACUUCUUUCGGGCGAAAGGCCUCAUUGAUCAAAGCACAGUGUUCAGCAUCUUAAAGCGCAUGCCAAAAGGUGCUGUCUUACACCUGCAUGACUAUGCCAUCUUGAGCGUGGACUGGCUGGUGUACAAUGCCACCUACCUCCCCGACUGCUACAUCUGCUUCACCCACAUGGGCACCAUUCGGUUUCACUUUUCCAAGCCCCACCCUCCUCACCCAGUGCCAGCCCAGUGCUCCCAGUGGGUUUUGCUGGAGACUUACCGAAAACAGCUGCGUAAUGUGACCGAGUUUGAUAGCAG